AUGGAUGCUGUAGAUGUCAACUGGUGCUUGUCGUGCGGCUGCCGCAUCGAUGUCGAGGGCCCGUCUCCCUACUGCUCCCAAACCUGCAUGAACUCGGAUGUCCCCUCCGCCGCCGUCUGGCCAUCCCAACUCACACUCUCCUCCCUCGAACGCGACUCCAUCCUCGACGAUGACGACGAUGACAUCCUCCAAGACGUCCUUCCCCCGCCUCCCACCCCAUCCUCCCCUCCACGAAACUCGUGGGUCGGGCGCGGCGAAGCCGGUAUCCGCCAGUGGGCCUCCUCCAUCCCCCGCGGCGCACCAAACGAUCACGACGACGUCCCCACCGCCACUCUCCGCCCAAAGCUCCUCCUCCAGUCCUCGUCCCCCGUAAAGCCCUCCCUCGCCAUGUCCCGCGCGCAGCCGGCACCCGCGGAGCCAUCGCGCCCCAUCCUCACCCCCCAGCAAUCACUGCCGUCUUUGUCGAGGGACUCGACGUCCGCGCUGUCGGCGAGCGUCCUCUCUUUGGCCACCGGUUCAUCGUCCUCCUCCGUCGUCACACCCGCGACCGGCUCCGAAGUCGGCUCGCUCUACGACUCCUCCCGCCUACGCUCCUUCGCCGGCCCGGGCUCCUUUCUCGGCGGGUUUCGCGCCCAGCUCAAGGCUCUCGUUGCGCCUCCAUCUCCUAAGAAGGACGCUCAGCGGCCAACAACCCUGACCCGAGUACACGAAGUCCACGUCGUCGACGGCUCCGACACGGACUCGAUCGUCGACUACCCCACCUUCAAGGUCCGGCGAACGGCUUCGCCCGUCUCCCUCUACUACACCCCCGAAAUGGCGGCUCGCAAAGGGCUCAGUUCCAAGUCGAAGGAAAACCAGCCGCUGUCCAGCCGGCGACCCGCGACGGGAGACCACCCCGCAUACCGAGCGCGCGGCCGAAAGGCGUUGCGCGUUCCGUCAUGA